GGAUUGGAAAUUCACCUUUGUUCUCCUAAGCUUCAUUCUAACUUUUGGAGUCACAACUGAAGUCUUUGGGUGUGCGAGGCCACAAGUGUAUCCGCUGUCCUGGUCAGCAAUUUAGACAACGGAUUGGAGCAUGCAUCAUUAGCGGGAUGAUUGGUCACCAAGGCUGCAAUGUCGUCCUUGACGACCUCCAGUGAGGGAGAAAACUCUGCUCCCAGGUUUGUGGUCGGUUCCAGGGAUGAUGAGACAGACUUCCUUGGAUCAAACAUGAAGACAGACGAAAUUGAUUUCUUUGAAGAUGAAGAGGAGGAGGAAUCGCCGCCUGAACGGCAGAUUGUGGUUGGAAUAUGUGCCAUGACCAAAAAGUCCAAGUCAAAGCCCAUGACGCAGAUUCUGGAACGUCUGUGCAAGUUUGAGUACAUCACAGUGGUGAUUAUGGGGGAAGAUGUUAUUCUGAAUGAACCAGUGGAGAACUGGCCCUCUUGCGACUGCCUUAUCUCCUUCCACUCCAAAGGAUUCCCACUGGAUAAAGCAGUUGCUUAUGCCAAGUUGUGCAGGCCGUUUUUGAUUAAUGACCUUGAUAUGCAGUACUACAUCCAGGACAGACGGGAAGUGUAUCGGAUUCUUCAAGAAGAGGGGAUAGACUUGCCCCGCUAUGCUGUACUCAAUCGUGACCCUGACAGACCAGAAGAAUGCAACUUGGUGGAAGGAGAAGACCAUGUGGAGGUAAAUGGAGCUGUUUUCCCAAAGCCGUUCGUAGAGAAGCCCGUCAGUGCUGAAGACCAUAAUGUGUAUAUUUACUACCCAACGUCAGCAGGUGGGGGCAGCCAGCGUCUCUUUCGAAAGAUUGGCAGCCGGAGUAGCGUGUACUCCCCAGAGAGCAGUGUAAGGAAGACAGGCUCAUACAUUUAUGAAGAAUUCAUGCCUACAGAUGGCACAGAUGUAAAGGUUUACACUGUUGGGCCAGACUAUGCCCAUGCAGAGGCUCGCAAAUCCCCUGCUUUGGAUGGGAAGGUUGAACGAGACAGUGAAGGGAAAGAAAUCCGUUAUCCAGUCAUGCUGACUGCCAUGGAGAAGUUAGUUGCCAGGAAAGUCUGUGUAGCCUUUAAGCAAACUGUAUGUGGGUUUGACCUCUUGCGAGCAAAUGGUCACUCGUUCGUUUGUGAUGUGAAUGGCUUCAGUUUUGUGAAGAACUCUAUGAAGUACUAUGAUGACUGUGCCAAAAUUCUUGGAAACAUAAUCAUGCGUGAAUUAGCUCCACAGUUUCAUAUUCCUUGGUCCAUCCCAACAGAGGCAGAAGAUAUUCCGAUUGUCCCCACAACUUCAGGCACCAUGAUGGAACUUCGUUGUGUUAUUGCAGUCAUCCGACAUGGAGAUCGAACCCCAAAGCAGAAGAUGAAGAUGGAAGUUAAGCAUCCGCGGUUCUUUGAAUUAUUUGAGAAAUACGAUGGAUACAAGACAGGAAAGUUGAAGCUGAAGAAACCAGAGCAGCUGCAGGAAGUGCUGGACAUUGCACGACAGCUUGUGGUGGAACUGGGAACACAGAGCAACUGUGAAAUUGAGGAGAGGAAAUCCAAACUGGAACAGCUGAAGAGCGUCUUGGAGAUGUACGGACAUUUUUCUGGCAUUAACCGUAAGGUGCAGUUGACCUAUCUGCCCCAUGGACAUCCAAAAGCUACAAGUGAAGAUGAAGAAGCCCGCAGAGAGUCUUCCCCAUCUCUUCUCCUCGUGCUGAAGUGGGGUGGAGAACUGACACCAGCAGGAAGGGUCCAAGCAGAAGAACUGGGGCGAGCCUUCCGCUGUAUGUACCCUGGUGGCCAAGGUGAUUAUGCUGGUUUCCCUGGAUGUGGCCUGCUUAGGCUGCACAGCACCUACCGUCAUGAUCUCAAGAUCUAUGCUUCUGAUGAGGGACGAGUUCAGAUGACAGCAGCAGCUUUCGCAAAGGGUCUGCUAGCCCUGGAAGGAGAGCUGACCCCGAUUCUGGUGCAAAUGGUGAAAAGUGCCAAUAUGAAUGGUCUCCUGGAUAGUGACAGUGAUUCCCUUAGCAGUUGUCAACACAGAGUGAAGGCACGGCUGCGUGAAAUCAUGCAGAAGGAUGCUCAGUUCUGUGAAGAGGAUUAUGAAAAGCUAGCACCUACUGGCAGUGCUUCUCUGCUCAACUCCAUGACGUUUAUCCAGAACCCGGUUGAGAUCUGUAACCAGGUAUUUACCCUGAUCCAGAGUCUCACUUCCCAGAUACAAAAACGUCUGGAAGAUCCCAAAUCUGCAGACCUGCAGCUGUAUCACAGUGAGACUUUAGAACUGAUGCUGCAACGCUGGAGUAAGCUGGAGAGAGAUUUCCGCAUGAAGAAUGGGCGUUACGACAUCAGCAAGAUCCCUGAUAUCUAUGACUGCAUCAAGUAUGAUGUGCAGCACAACUGUGCCCUGAAACUGGAAGGCACAGCAGAGCUCUUCAAACUCUCCAAAGCCCUGGCAGAUGUGAUCAUACCCCAGGAGUAUGGGAUUAAUAAGGAGGAGAAGCUGGAAAUUGCUAUUGGUUUUUGUCUUCCUCUCAUUAAAAAGAUACAAUUGGACUUGCAGCGAACGCAUGAAGAUGAAUCUGUUAACAAACUGCAUCCCUUGUACUCCAGAGGAGUUUUGUCCCCGGGUCGCCAUGUUCGGACACGGCUCUACUUCACCAGUGAGAGCCAUGUGCAYUCCCUGCUCAGUAUCUUCCGCUAUGGAGGGCUCCUGGAUGAGAACAAAGACCAGCAGUGGAAGAGAGCCAUGGACUACUUGAGUGCUAUCUCAGAGCUGAACUACAUGACCCAGAUUGUUAUCAUGCUCUACGAGGACAACAACAAGGACCCAUCUUCAGAGGAGCGUUUUCAUGUAGAGCUGCAUUUUAGCCCUGGCGUGAAAGGUUGCGAGGAAGGUGGAAAUGUCCCUGCAGGGUUUGGCUUUCGGCCUGCGUCCUCUGAGAAUGAGGACAAGAAAGCAGACCAAGGCAGCCUGGAAGACCUCUCCAAGGAGAAGGGCAUCAAUGAGCCAGAUCGGGCACGGCAGCGGUCUCCACAGCCCUCCGAGCCAGUCAGCAUUCAGCGGCGAUCCCCCCUGAUCAGGAACCGGAAAACAGGAUCCAUGGAGGUGCUUUCAGAGUCUUCCAAAUCGGGAGGUUAUCGCCUCUUCAGCACCUACUCCAGGCAGUCCUCUGAGAUGAAGCAAAGUGGCUUAGGGUCACAGUGCACCGGGCUGUUUAGCACCACUGUGCUGGGAGGCUCCUCCAGUGCCCCCAACCUCCAGGACUACGCACGCAGCCAUGGCAAAAAGUUUGCCAGCAGCCUGACGUACAAAGACGAGCUCUUGUCUAUGCCAGCCGUAAAACGAUUUUCUGUGUCGUUUGCAAAGCAUCCGACUAAUGGUUUUGAAGGCUGUUCCAUGGUUCCCACCAUUUAUCCCCUGGAGACCCUGCACAACUCCCUCUCUUUGCGACAGGUCAAUGAGUUCCUGACGGCUGUGUGCAGGACUUGCAGCGACUCGCAUGUCCAGUCUACUGCAGCUCUGUAUGAUUCAAUGAUUGGCAGCCAGAUACCAGGAGACCCCUUUAUGUCUCAGCGAGUCCUGUCAUCAUCCUCUUUCCCGCUGCGGCAGCGUUUGGAUAAACCCCCUUGGUACAGCAGUGGUCCCUCCAGCACUGUCUCCAGUGCAGGCCCGUCCUCCCCAACUUCUUUGGACAGCUGUGCUCGUUUCAGCUUCAUUGAGAAACUUUCCAUCAGCCCCCCAAAAAGCGAGGAGCAGCUGAAUAACCUGUCCCCUGACCAGGGGGAGGCAGAGCCCUCAGACGGAGUGCUUGACUCGAAGCUAGGCAUGUCUGAGCUGUCCAUGGAUAAGCCUAGCGGGGAGCCGAGUGCCCCAGAGACCCCGAUCUGGAAUAAGAGUCCUGAGUCAGGCGRUGCCCUGGAGCAAUGCAAGAUGGAGGUGACGGGCAAGAACUCUGACCCAAAGAAGAAGAGUGUUGUGGAGCUGAAUGCAGAAGAAUGGCCUGGGGAAAUGUUAGAUCUAAAUAAUGCAGGGGAGCCAGAAUGUAGGGGAGGGUCUGAGGUAAGGACUACUGAGGAUAGAGUGAAGCCAGGUGAGUGGCCAGGAGGAAUGGUGGACCUGGAUCAGUCAGAGCUGUGGGAGGAGACUUUGGUGCUCUGUGAGGAAGAGCUGCUGGGAGAGGUGUUGGAGCCAGAGCCUGUGGGCAAGGAGUCACUUGGGGACAGUGCUCUGUUGGACCAGGAGCAGCUACUGCUUCCCGAGACGAGCGUGGAGGAGCUGCAGCCACUGCGCCAGCAGGAUGAGCAGAACUAGCGGCUCGCGGGGCAGUGCGUUGGCGGCCGGCUCUUCUCACCUGGAGUCGACCCAGCUUCCUGCACAGUGCGUCGUGCGGCUGGCUGUCCGUAGCGCAGAGGAAGCCAUGUCCCCAGGCCCAGGACUCUGAGGUGCUGGGGAGUCUGCUCCACUCCCAUGCGAGCCAGCUCUCUGCUGUCUGGCAAGUGACAACUCCCAUGUGCCACGUUAAGCUGGCAGCACUUGCAGUCUUUGUGCUGGUCUAGCACCUCCAUGGAGCAGUGACGGGGAGCUGCUUCCGCGCACGUGUUCCAGAGCUGAGUGCUUGCCAGGGCAGCGGCGCCUGGGGACGGGAGGGCCAAGGCUUCUGGUGUGACGAGGCAAAAGGGGGUGAUUGCUCCCUGGAAAUCCUGUUCUGCAGCCUUCAGAUCCUUGCCCAAAGGACCUGGGCUUCACCAUAACCACCAAACUCCUCUCUGCUUCUUCCUCCUUUUCUCCACCUCUCCAUCCCCUGUUGAUUGCCAAAAACAGAGCCAGAGAGCCCUUGGCCAGAAGCGUGGGAGAAGCAGAAGGAAGUCUGAAAGGAUGGGGGAAGGAGAGUAAUGCAGUGAUCAGGUUCAAGACUUCCAGUUACAAGAAAACCUCUCCUUGGAGUGGCCUUGCAUGCUUUCCACCUGGGCUGGGACAGGCAGCAACCUGGGGGUCUAGUCUGAGUUGAGCAGGGAGGAUCACACGGGUUUUUCUUGUCCCCAGGAGUCAGACACGAUAAAGCUCUGAACUCUUUGGUGACAAAAAAUAAGAGAAACUGCUAUAUGAGCAAAUCAGGAUUAUUAGAAACCAGUAAGGAGAAAAUCUUUAUUGUAUAUAAACUGAAAAUUAUUUAAUGCAUAUUUAUGUAACUGACUCAUGAGCACAAGCCUGAGGGCAGGAUUGGCACAGGUGUUGCUGUCACCUCCUGGGUACAGGCCAGGGCUGUGUCUCCCAUAUUUAUGGAUGAGUCUGUGUGUCUGUCUGUAGCUAGAAUCUGUUUCCAUGAAGCUGUGCCCAAAGAUCUCUGUGC